AUGGCCCUCGCCGCUCUGAGAGCGCUGUUUGCGGGCGCCCUCUCCGCGGCCGCGGCCGCCACGCGGGCGGAGGGUGGAGACCUCGUCGUCGAGCUCGCCGAGCGGGUACUGGCCAAUCGACAGGAGAUCCUGCCGAUCCCCUGGGAGUUCAGCGUCGAGAGGGACGUCGGGUACGUGGGCGAGCACCCCAUCCUGGAGAACUCGACCACCGAGGUGAAGCUGAGUUCUCUCGGGACCGUUCGCGAGGCCCAGGACGGUCUGCCCCCGAACAUCGCCGUCGGCGCGGUGGCCAUCAAGGACGUCGACCAGCCCCCGGCGCCGCCCUCGAGCUUCCGCACCGGAGGCACGGUCGGAGGCAUGGAGUACAUGCACCUGAACGGCGUGGUGAACCCGACGGCCGACCUGACCGUCUGGCAGUGGCAGAGGAACAAGUGGUUCGGCCUCAGGAAGUGGCUCGAGUUUUGGAUCAGCCGAUACCCGGAGAAGUUGGUCGUCGUGCACUCUCACGGCGAUGUCUUGUACGGUGGUUGCGACGAGGCCACUCUCCAGUACAAGUACGAUUCCCUCGUCGCCGCCAGCGGAAGCACGACGAAGAUCGUACUGGCUGCGGAGGUGUCCCCUUAUCCGUCGGACAUGGGCUGGGCAUAUCAAAGGUGGAACGAAAGCCUUGUGAAUCGCACGCGCUCCAUACUCGACAGUUACGGCGUGUCGCAUAGUUGGGCGGAGACUUACGCGAACUGCAGCGCCAGCAUUCUUAACAGCCAGUGCAGCCAGCCGCCGAGGUACCAGUAUGCAAAUGCGGGCUUCAUCAUGGGGCCUGCAAACGACGUCUUCGAUAUGUUGUCUGGCCUCAGCACUUACCCGGGCCUCGAGAACCGCCUGGUGAACGAGUACUUCCUCGCCAACCCCGAUCUGGUGACCCUCGACUACCCGGGCACCCUGGUCCUUUCCUUGCACAACAUGGUGAAUAAUGGGAACUCUCCUGUCGAGGUCGUCACCACUGGCGGGAACAAAUCCCUUAGGAACAAGGAGACAGGCCAGUCUGUGUGCUUCGUCCACGGGAACGGCAACUCGUUCGACGUCAUCAAGGGGUGGGCCGAGCAGCUGACGGCGUAG